AAAUUGCGCAGAUAUCACACAUACAGCCCCAGCAAAGUCGUUUCUCCAAUCGUAUCUAUUAUUGCAAAUUUUACUACUUAUCUGUUGAUUGUCUCAACCACGACUUCGCGGUUCUGAAAUCCACCACUCCGCCGAACAGUGGGACUUGCUGGGGCAAUAACUCUCCACACCAAAACUGUAGCUAUCAACGCUUGUUGAAACCGGCUCAAGCAGGAAUCUUCAUGCUUUGUUCGACCUCGAUCCCUCCAGUCAUCGAUUGGCAUCGUGAAAUACACUAUGCCGCCGCCCGUCGGUAGAUACGCGCCCUCAGGGCUCGCUGGUCCGUUCCCCCAUCUCCCUCAGAGCCACCUGCAGCAGCAACAGCAUUCGCAACAGCAUCACGCAACCCAUGCGCAGACUCCGAAUACAGGCCUUCCCCCACCUUCCCUAGGUGGCCAUCCUGGCUUUGGCCCUACGAGUGCAAGUUCAAACAUAAGUCCGUUCGCCAUUCCUGGAGCUAAUGGGAUGGGCGUGGUGGGUUUCCCUGCGGGGCCUUCCACUGCUGGUAUCCCUGAUGGGGGCGGGACAGGUCUAGCGAGCCACGCGGCACAGAUAGGUUUUGUGAGGGGGGCUCAGAUGCAGCAGCAGCAACAGCAACAGCAACAACAGGCGCAUUUGGGCCAUGACAACCGUCUAUCCGUGGAUGGAAAAGGUGCUGCUGCAAACUCGAGGAUACGAGACGUUUGGAAACACAACUUGGCACAGGAGAUGCAGGUCCUAAGGAUGUUAGUAGACAAGUACCCUUACAUUAGCAUGGAUACCGAAUUCCCUGGUAUUGUCGCUCGGCCGAUGGGGACUUUCACUACAAAAGCUGACUAUCAUUACCAAACAUUGCGAUGUAAUGUGGACCUCUUGAAAAUGAUACAAUUGGGAAUAACAUUAUUUUCAGAGGAUGGCGAAGUUCCUCCCGCCGUACCACUGGAUGUAAAUACCCAAUACGGGGCAAACCUCGGCCCAGCGCCUUGCACUUGGCAAUUCAACUUCCGUUUCUCGUUGGAAGGUGACAUGUAUGCGCAGGAAUCGACAAGCAUGCUAGCGAAAGCCGGAAUUGACUUUGCUAUGCAUGAGAAAAACGGCAUUGAUCCACACGACUUUGGGGCGCUUCUGAUGACUUCCGGAUUAGUCCUCAUGGACGACGUACAUUGGAUUUCGUUCCAUUCCGGCUAUGAUUUUGGGUAUUUGAUGAAAAUUAUGCUAUGUAAACCAUUACCGACUGACGAGCAAGAAUUCCACAAACUCCUCACCAUCUUCUUCCCAUCCGUCUACGACAUCAAAUACCUCAUGAAACACGCCGGCCGCAGCCAAACUGUUAACAAGUCUCCUCUCACUCAGAGCGCUGCUCAGAUAAUUGCAAACCUUGGCCAAAAAUCUGGCCUCCAGGAUAUUGCAGAUGAAUUAGGGGUGAAACGAGUUGGUAUUGCACAUCAAGCUGGGUCAGACUCACUAGUGACGGGCGAAAUCUUCUGGAAAAUGCGCCAGCUGGUAUUCAAUGGUUCUAUCGAUGAAAGCAAGUACUCGGGUCAGAUCUGGGGCUUGAACGGGCAGAUAGCCUCCAGGCCUUUCCAAGGCACAAAUCAAGCACAGCAAACGCCCAAUCUCAACGGAGCCACCAUCUACUCCAAUGCAGGUACGCCAAGUACACCAAAUACAGGCCACGCCGGUUUGACAAAUGCGCAAACGCCCGCAGCUCAAACGCAACAUGCUGGCGUUGGUCCAUUAACGCCGGGCGGCGGUGGAGGAGUGUUUGGUACAUUCCAAUUUGCCAAAUCGUGAUCGUAGACUAGGAGCUUUUUCCCUAAAUUUUCAGUAUAAGUGAAGAAGUGGAUAACUUCUUUAGUUGGGUCGGUUUAGGGACUGGGAAUUCACUGCUUUCUUUUCGCAUGGUAUGUGGUUUUUACACCUGGGGUUCUAUUUUAUUCUUGCUCUGAGCCAUCCGAUAUUUUGAUGUGUAUAUUGUGUCUGGCGUUAUGGCCAUUUCGUUUUUUUAACCUUGUAUUUGGUAAUUUGCAAUUCAUUUGCAAUUAUUAUUUUCCUGCUAUCCUUUUGACGACGCGAAUUGAUCAUUUCAUCCUGUUCCGAAAUGUUAUGCGGCUAUAUUUUGGGGCAAUAUGCAAUUUCCAAUGAAUUCCCCCGCAGAAUCAUCCUUUACCCAGGGCCUCUGGAAGUUUGGUUGUUAUAAAGCCAUAUGAACAACACGAACUUAGUAUGAUGUUCCUACAAUG